CUUCAAUCUAAAUAAUAAAAAAUGAGUCAUCAACAUGGACCUGGUUGUAAUCACGGGCCUUCUAACGGAAGUGCUCCUCAAACUAUUCAAGUAAACGAUGCUAAUAAAGCACCCGCCUUGUACAAAAAUACUGCUACCUAUCUCAAGGAUGAAAAGAAGUCUGGUUUAAAGGCAAGACAAGGUGUCUUCAACGGAAAAAGAUUUGAAUACUUUAAAGGCAAGAGAGGUAUCGAAGCUUUGUUGAAGGAAAAUUACGCUAAAGUUACAUCAAAAGGAGACACAGUACCCAAGACACGCGAUGAAGCAUUUAAUAUAUUGAAUGAUUUGGGUAAAUAUGGGUUUGUUUUACGUGUUGACCGUGGUGAAUCUAUUGGUGGUAAAGGAUCUCCACGUUUGUUACAACCUAAUCCAGUUCAAGAAAUCAAGGAAGAUGGUUAUUAUAUGUGGAUUUGGGAAGGAUCUCGAUUUAGAUUAUACGCGGGUGCUGCUGCUUUAGUUGCUACUAUCCUUGCUGGUGUGCUUUUCCCACUCUGGCCAAACUUUUUGAGAAUGGGUGUUUGGUAUCUCAGUGUUGCCGUCCUUUGUUUGGUCGGUGUAUUCUUUGGUAUUGCCAUUGUACGUCUCAUUCUUUAUGUCCUCACAUUACCCGUCUUACCCCGUGGUUUCUGGUUAUUCCCAAAUCUAUUCGAAGAUGUUGGCAUCAUUGAUAGUUUCAUUCCUUUAUACGGUUUUGAUCCAGUCAAGGAAAAGAAAACCAAGAAGAGCGACGUUACAGCAGCUCAAGUCGUAGAAAAGUCCGAGUAAAUAACAAGUACCACUAA